UGUUUUUUAUACAAGUUAUUGUUUUUUUAUCAGAAACUAAUUUAUAAGACACCAGUCGUCUUCAAAAACAACCUUCAUUAGAGUUGCAGAACUACAGAAAGUGAAAGACUGGACGAAUAUCAAAUAACUACUUAAAGUGGACGGCUUUAACUGUAAGACAUUUUAGAUCACAAAGAAAUAGGGAAAACUGCAUUAUUAUAUCUUUUCUUGUACAUAUGCUGAUGAAAAUCUCCUGUUGAGUUAAAAUCACACUUGAUUGAUGAUUCCUCUUGCAGAUGAUCCCGUUAGAAAUAAAAAAAACUUGCUCAGAGAGUGGUUUUAGUACAUUGACGAUAGAGUCUCUGAAACAUGUAAUCGUUGGCUGCUUUGUUUGAUUUCUGCUAAAAUAAAAGCCUAGAUCUACAUUGGCAUCGUGCACGCUACAAAAAUUUCCAUAAUCAAGUUCUAAAGUUGAGAAUUGGGUAGUAGCGAAUUAGCCACUUUAGGAAAUUCAUAUAGAACUCUAUAAGUCGCUAAUUUGCAAAUCAAUGAUUUAUAGGUAGCAAAUUUAUCACAUAGACACUAGCAAAUUAUUUUACAAAAUCGUCUCUUUGCCAGAUUUUUAGCUUAUUAAUAAUCUUGUUUUAUUUCUAUGCCUUUUGGAAACACGGAUCUUGUUGCGAACUUUAUUCCAAGGAUUAUUGAAGGAAAUCAAAAUUCUUUAAAACAAAUAAACAAACAAACAAAAAUGGUGUAUCUUUUACCAUGUUUAAAAGAGAUAAGAUUUUGUUAAUUUAGCGACAAGACCAAAUUUAGGACGCCAAACGUCCAAAGUGAGGUGUUAUCAGAGACUGGUCUCGUUUCAGUAUUGGAAACGGAAAACAUAUGCAAGCAUAAUGAUUUGUUUGAACAAAUUUUUAUGCUUAACUUUCUGACAGAUUUAAUUUUGAUUAAAAUGUUUUGCGAAAUAUGUAUCGCUCCAAUGACGUUUUUGAAGUCACAAAUCAGUUUUGCAGUUGUGUGCAUCUCACAUUUUAGCUCACCAGACUAGCUCACCAGCGGAUUUUCCUGACCGAUUAAGAUGGAUAUUUGAUAAAAUGUUGCAUCGAAAAGUAAUUACGUGAAAGCGAUGUCAAAAAAUAACUCACGACAUGAGAACUCAUCACGAACAAGCUGUUUUUAUAUUUAACUUUAGCCAGGUGACCAGAUUAGGCAAAAAAUUAGGUUAAUUUUUUUUUCUUGCUAUUGACCGGCUGGUAGCUUUGUGGUAGAGUGUUCGCUUCCAGUGCGGGAGGUCUUGGGUUCAAAUCCGGGCCGAUUCAUGCCAGAAACUAUGACAGUGUGAAUCUAUCAUUCUGCUUAGCGCUCAGCAUGAGAAUAGGAUUAAUAUCUUAGACGGCUCUCUAGUUAAGCGAUUACCAUGCUUGCACGACCUUUGUAGCUCAAAUGGAAGCUUUAAAUGCGCUAGGAUCCCCUUCGCAAGUCCCUCGUUGAUAGCAGUACCAAUAGGAACUGAAGAGGCUAUCCUGGGUAAACAAUUUCAAUUUAAUAAUAAUUUUUCCGCGCAAAAGUUUCUUCUUAAUGUAAUCAACAUUUUAAGUAACCUCGAUCCCAGAACUUUUUUUUCCUUUUGUUAUAAAGAACGGCGAGAAAGAAAACGAUUUGGUUCAAUGUAACCAUAACCGCUGAAAAUGUUUUUUUUUUUUGCUCCAGCCUAAAUUGAUUUCAUAAAAAUCCCUACUUGACUCUCCUUUUUUGGCUUAAAGAUCGCGUUUCUCUAAACCUUCAUUAAAAACUGGCGAACCAUAACUAACUUGAACAAGCUUAUUUUUUUUCUGCGUCUAUUUUUCAAUAUCUCAGAUAUUUUCCUAUUACUGUCUACUCUGCUUUUUGACAUCAACAUCUGGCUGGCCACAUUUUUUUAUAAUUACAAAAAGACAACUGUUGAGAAAAAACGACACUUUUGAUGUAACUUGUAUUGUGGCUGUAUUUAAAUGUAUUCGCCAUGAAAAGUACGUUGGCGCUAGAUAUUUUUUCCUUUUUCGAUGAUAAGAAAACAAGGUGAAAGAAUUUAACAUUGCGUAACAAACCCAAGAUAAUGCUCUAUUUCUUUUAUAUAUGUUUUCCUGUAAAAUCAGUUGUUGUGCUAACCACAGACUGCUACAGAUUAUGUAGUAGCUUCAAUAAAAGGUCCAGUUUAAGUCGGUAAACUCUUUUUUAUUUAUAAAUUCUUGUAGUAUUUUUAAGAUAAUCUUUUUUUUUUAAAUUUUUGAAGUUAAGAAAUUAGGUCAACAUACCUGUUAAGUAAACAGGUGUAUUUAAAAUAAACUUCAAUUUCUGAUGACGUCACAAGAAAGUGCAAACAUCAGCAAAAAUUUAAUGUAAUUAUUUGGUUUCUUUAUGGCAUACUGUGCAAAGUUUGGCUCUUUUUCGGAAGGAUGGUUGGAAUUGAAAAACUUAAUUCCAACCAAAUAACACGCGAGUAUUAAAUUAAAAUAUUAUUUCGAUCAAUUCGAGUCCUUAAAUUUCCUCGCUUUUUUCACAAACAUUUUAAAACCCACUUCAGUAUUCUAACAUUUUUUAGCAACAGAACGUAUGUUAUAAAUUAACUGUUCACCCAAUCUUCGCUAGAUCUUUAUCUGUUCAAUAAUUAAUGUGUUAUAUUGAAGAUUUUUUUAUAUCUAACACCUUCAUCUUUCACUAUAGUUACAUUUUCUUGCAUAACUGGGAACACAAAAAUUCUUCACACCACUGCUGUAGAUUCAGUAAAGAUGUGAAACCCAGCAUGAUUAAUGCUAUUCAAUAUAAGUAGAAAAACAUUUGGCAAAUGCUUUAGGAAAAUUUUGCUGUUGCUUUUCAUGCUGCUCUUGUUGUUGUAUGUGUUCCACGUUCGUUAAUAAAACAGUCGCCUCCGUCAUCGUCGUCGUUGUCAGCGGUGACGUUGUUAUAAACUUGGUCGUCGUUGUCCAUGGCAUCAUUAUUAUUAUUAUUUUUAUUAUUAUUAUUAUUAUUCUGAAUAUUUAUACAGGAUAUAACCACUUCAGUUUUGGAAACACUGUUAUCAACGUGGGUCCUGUGUUCAGAAUGUAUACAUCAGGUAUACACCGGCAUUGCCUAGCCACUUUCCCUCACAUGGCAUGGUUGACCCGUAGCUGUGGUAAAGACACUUGCUAAACAUGCCCGUGUUGUGGACUGAGCCAUUGACCUUGUGAUUGCAAAGCAAACUCCAUAACCACAAGACCACACGCUAUGGUGGCAAUCAAACAAACAGAAAGUUCUCUUUAAAAUUAUAAAAAAGAAGUAAAGGCAUGGAAAUGAACUUGUUGAAAUAAAAGGGCGUUUCCGCCGUAUGUAUUUAGCUAAGUCUAUUAUUGCAAAGUUUUUGUUUAGUUAAGGCAAUUUCCACGCCAAUAGUUUUAUUAACAGUGGUUAAUAAAAGCAUAAAGCUUAAAAUGUUGGAUCAAUUGAUUAAUCUAAUCAAAAGAGUCGGCUUAGUUUAAGUUCAGUUUCGAAUCUCGCCAUCUUUCUUUCUUAUUCUCUUUAUUCGCCAUCUUUUCUUCUCUCGUUUUGAUUGAUAGCGGCUUAAGAUAUAUUACAUAAUGACAUUCUCUGACAGGUUGCUUUUCAUAUUACAAACAAAGUCGGAGCAAGAUGUACAGAAUGUAGUGGUACACAGAUGUGUGUUGGAAAAUGUAUGAAUUUCUUAACUAACAAUAUUUCAACAGUCAACGGAAAGAAAAAGUUAUUAUUAACUGAAUGAUCUGCAUUACGGAUGUUAUUAUAAUUUAAAUUGGAGUUUUUGACCUUUAAGAGACACAGUGACGCCACCUUUUAGUGUAACUUGGGUUAUAUUUUCUGUGCAGUGAAACUCGAAGGUUUAAUCGCAUUUUGUAGUUAAAAUAUUUAGGUUUCAACAGUUCAAAUGCGUGGUUUAAAUGGAUAUGCUACCGAGUAACUUGUACUAAACUUUAUUAUCCGUCGAUAUGCUUUAAUUUGUAAUUUUGAGUUAUAAAGUGCAGAAUAGCAAUGAAUAACAACACAACAAGUCUGGAGGUGCCUCUGCUGGAAAACCUUCUUAUUCGUCACAUAUGUCAAUAUUUUGUUCUGGUGACAAGCAUCAUUGGAAACAGCUUGCUUAUGUUGGUGUUAAUAUACCUCCGUGGUGUAAAAAAACUUGUUGAUAAGUUAAUUUUUAAUUUAGCAUUUUGUAACUUACUUUUGGUGUUAAUUUCCAUACCUCCUGGCUUAAUAUCCGAUCUGCGUCCGGACUAUCCGUUUGGUUUAAUCGGGUGUAAACUUAUAGAUCCGAUUUCUACAUACUCGAUAAACACAGGUACGUUCACGCUACUUGCCAUUGCUUUCGAAAGAUGGAAAGUUGUGUCGCGACCAUUCAAUGUACUUGAAAGUAAAAAAAAAGUUUUUGUUAUGUUUUUCUUCAUUCACAUUUUGGGAGCUAUCAGUGUAUAUCCGUAUGUUCAAACGUUAAAGUACACGGAAGAAAAUGGACUUUUAAAUUGUCAGGAGCAAUGGGACAUAACGACAAGCCGAAUAUACACGGUCGUUUUGUUUGUGCUGCAGUACGGCUUCCCCGUACCUAUAAUGUUAGUAUUUUACGGAAUGGCGUGGAGAGAAAUUAAAACUUCUAAUGACAGAGUUUUUAGUUCAUUUGCGUCGAAUACCAGUAGUAAUGAAGCUUCUAAAAAGUCUCAAAGUAAGAGUAAUGUGUAUUUGCCGGAAGAAGUUGAAACGUUGCAAGCGAUAUCUCCUGAAAUGCCUAGUGUUGUUUUAGAAGAAAAUGAAAGUGAGACGAGCAAAAAUAAUGGCGGUACCAGUCCUUUAACAGAGGCUAAAAAGAAGAGGGAUGCGUACGGGUCAAAGAAAUCGUUCAAGCGUGAUAGGUCAGCAUCACAACGGUUUAUCUUGUCUGCUUCGUCUACUGUUAAUAGCAUUCGCAGUAACAUAGGAAGCCUGAAAUCCUCCUUUGAUAGCUAUACCUCUUCCAUAAAAAGGUAUGAAAAUAAUUGUCAAACUGAGGCUCUGCGAAGAAGAUUUUCGCAAAGUCGAGAUUUAUUGAAAAUGUUCUCCGUUGUGGUGAUGGUUUUUGUGGUCUUCAUGCUGCCUAAUCAAGUGCUUUGGCUAAUUAUUGACUUUGACAGUAAUGGCAACGAGUAUUUCAACCCUUUAGUAAGGGACAUUGUGUAUAUUUUGACGUAUGCAAAUUGCGUCCUAAACCCAUGGAUAUAUGGUCGCAUGAAUCGACACUUUCGCAAAGAUUUUAAAACGUUGUUUGCUAAGUUGAAAUGCGAAAAGAAGGAAAUAAAUAUUCGAAGAAGAUUGCGCAAAGUGAGGGUAUAAGAACUACUGGCACAAUCAAACUUGUUUAAAGCCCGUACUGGUAAUGCGGGAUAAAGAGAAUUGUUUGUUAUAUAAACAUCUCCGCCUAUAGGAUGUGGAGUAUAUUCAAAAUUAUAUUUGUUUUUGCGUUGACUUCUAGGAAACUAACGGCCCUAAAAUAGAUAAGUAGACCGUGUGAUUACAUUUUAAGUUGCAGGAGGUGUCAUUCAAUUUUUACGAAUCCGAUGAAGAAAUGAGAAUGCUGAAGAUAAAUGUUGUAUAUUUUAAUUAGUAGAAGAAGCACUUAUUUUAAUAUAUUUUAAUUUCUCAA